GCGUUCCCCGAGUAACACAUCUCACACCAGCGACAGUUCAGCCAGACGGAACAACGACCGGCCACUGGUCAAGGAUGGAGACCCUGACACGUCCACGUCAGACACCCACACACCAAUGAACCUGUCCCUCUCAGACCGCGCCUCAUCUCCACGUGACACAGACCACGCCCCCUCACGUGAUCGUGACGUCAUACCGGCCCGGAAGCGGUCACAUCACAGUCGCGGGUUCAGUCAGGCUAGCGGAGGUGAGGAGGAUGAUGGGACGGAAGACGAGGAAGAAGAGGAGGAGAAGCAGAAGAAGAAGAAGAAGAAGAAGAGGGGAGGGAAGGAAAAGAGAAAUGUCUCCCCGGAUUCCUCCACGCCUUUCAGAUCGGCUUCUCGUUUGUCGUCUUCGUCAUCGUCGUACUUAUCAUCUUCAUCGUCGUCGUUGUCGUCGUCGUCUGCUUUGCUUUCCCCCACUUCAUCAUCAGCUGUUGCGGUGAACACCUCGGCAGAAUCCCUCGCCAGCCACCAGCUCUCGCCCGCUCCCUCCGCCCCAAAGACAAUAAACUCUGCCCCAGCUGCUAUAUCUUUCCCCGUCAGCGCCAUGUUGACUCAUGAUGAUGAUGAUGAUGAUGAUGAUGAUGAUGAUGACGACGAUGGUGCUAAAAAUAGAAGCGGUCGGGGAGGGGGGAGAAAGCGAUCGCCAUCACCGGGUUAUGAGAAAUCGUCAGGGAGAUUUGACGGGUCAAAGAAUUUGUCGUCGUCGUCGUCGUCCUCAAAAUAUUUGUCGCCAUCUGCGAAGAAUUUAUCGUCGUCAUCAUCGUCUGCUAAGAGGUCGCAAUCGUUAUCGCCCUCAGGUCACAUGACCCACCAUCAUCGUGACAGCAAUGUCGAUGAUGACAACGACAACAACAACAAUAACAACAGCAACAACGACAACAACAGCAACAACAACAACAUCAUUUCUAGUAUGGCUCAUGUCAACGACCACAACGAGCGACUCGACUAUCCCUAUCAUAGAUUCGACCUCACACCCCCUGAGUCAUCGCCAGUGUCAUCGUUUGAGCGUUACUACCUCUCUGCAGCAGCGGCAGUUGCAGCACUUUCAGCGCCAUCAUCGUCAUCUUCAUCAUCAUCACCAGUGGGAACAGCAUCAGCAACCGCAGCAACAGCAGCAUCAAUUACAAGAAGGGAAGAAGACAACAUUCCCUUGCCCAGACACUGCAGUCAGAUGUCCCCGCCCCCCACCGCCCACCACGCCUCCCUCAUAGGCGCACAGUUAGCCCUCCUCAAUGCUCGCUUCCUACAGCUGGGAUACGCCCCAUUCAGCCCGGGAAAGUACCCCUUCGACUCUGUAUUCCUCCCUACUUUCCCACCAACCCCACUCCCCUACCACCAUUACCCACAACUUUUUUCUCAUAAACCUUUUGAGGCAUUUGACUCUCCGCCAGCUUUUCCUACUUCAAAAAAUCAUGACCUACCUUUGCCAGUCAGUGGUGAAAGUGGUUAUUUUGCAAAAGAAAGUAACAAUGUAACAAAAGAUCGUCAAAAUAUUUCAAGAACUGUAAGAGAAAAGGACAAUUUUGCAAAAGAAAGUGACAUUUUUACAAGACAGAGUGAAAAUUUGACGAGAGAAAGUGGACGUAUUUCUUCUGGGUCUCAUGAUGAUAAAGACAGCAAAUUGCUGCCAAGUAUUUGGGAGAAGAACGCAGACAGCAAUGAUAGACCCACCACCACCACCACCACUGACAUCACCACCACCACCACCACCACUGACACCACCACCACCAGCAGAGCUUCUGCAGACGACAGUUCCAGCGGUCACGUGAUGGUGACGUCGCGCGCAGAUUCCAGAUCGCCGCCAGACGUCAAGACAGAAAGGCAGGAAAGCGACGACGACAAUGAUGAUGACGUAAUUGAGAUAUCGUGUACGUCACGACAACAAGAUGGCGGUGACGAGGAAGAGGACCAGAAGUUGUCCUUCUCUCUCUCCCCAGAAUCCUCCACUUCCUCCUCGUCAGAUUGCUCGUGGAAGAAUAGUUGUGAAAACAGUUAGUGAAAACCUCGAACAAUUGGUCAGUGAAAACCUCGAAUAGUUGGCCAGUGAAAAUAUCGAACAGUUGAUCAGUCAAAACCUUGAGCAAUUCGUUUGUGAAAAACAUCUCUCUCAUCAUCAUCAGUGAAAACCUCUGAAGACAGUGAGGGAAAACCUCGAAUAGCUGGCCAGUGAGACUCGAACAGUUGUAAAAACAGUAAAAAGCAUCGAAUAGUUGGUCAGUAAAACUCGGACUGUUGUCAAGAUAGUCUCGACAGUGAAAAUCGUCAACAGUUAAGUCGAUACUUGUCAACCUUUGCAUAGCUAGUACCCACUUUUGCCACCUUUAAAAGGCUAAAACUUUCAUAUCGUCCACAUGUGUUAUUAUGUUUUUCUUAGCGGGGCAGAAAAAAACAACAACUUAUCACUGCCCUGUAAAUCGAAUCUUGUACUGGUGUUUGUGGUAUCGCGGUUUGGCGCUUGACUGUCACAUGCAGGAGACCCGAGUUCGAUUCCCGAGUGGGGAGAAAUUUGUAUCGAGUAUCUCUGGCUUUCUGCUGGGACAUUGUGUCCUUUUCAGCCCGGGUCGGCCCUGAGAGGCACAGUCUGAAACCUGCUUCCUGACAGGGCUAAAUUUUGUUGAUGGAGGAGUAAAAACGCCUGCAUAAAAAAUUUAAAACCUUGAACUUGACCAUAGGAGAAGUCAUGACCUUGUCAAACAAAUGCACUUUGAACUUGUCUAUAUAAUGACCUUGUCUAUAGCAUGACAUUUGAGUUUGUCUUUUUGCAAAAUGAUAAAUUCUUUUAGUGUCGCGUCACAGGCACCCAGACGGUGCUGAAGCGGGACCACAUGUAACCUAAUACCGAUAACAGUAUUUCGUCCACAGACCUGAGACUGUACUAAGUCCGAGAGUGACAUUUUUCAGGAGAGAGAAAGAGAAAAAAAAUACUAUUUCAUUUUUAAAAAAAAUUGUACAAACAUUACGUAGCCUAUUUUUCUUGCUUCAUUCAACUUGUAGAUUUUGAAUUUUGUCGAAACAUUUCUUGAACACUAGCAACUGAUACCUGAGAUGAAAGUCUGCAAUAAAUUCAAAAUUCAAAAUUCGAA